AUGACUGUCGCAAAACGAAAUUGUUCAUUCGUGGUAUUAAUAGUUACUUUUGUAUUAUUACUGUUUUGUGUGUUGGAACGUAAAGUUUGGGCACAGUUUGAGCCCGACAAGGAAUGCUUCUGCAAAUUACAAGGAGUCAUCGAUGACUGUCGAUGUACAACAGAAAGUAUCGAUGAUUUUAACAACUAUGAAGUUUUUCCUAUAUUGCAGAAGCUCCUAUCUCGUGAUUUUUUCAGAUUUUAUAAAAUUAAUAUGGAAAAAACAUGUCCAUUUUGGCCAGAUGAUCGACAAUGCUUGAGCAAGGAAUGUGGCAUUGGCUACUGUGACGAUGAAGUUCCAUCAGGCUUGAAACAACCAGCUAGUAUAUCUGUGGUUCGUUCUGAACUCAAUCGAACUUCUUUGAAAAAUGAUUCUGUUAUAACUCAGAUUGGUGAAAUUGAUUCAACUUGCGGAAAAGAAGAAAGUAAUGCAUUCGAUCCAUUGGAUACGACUCUAACGGAAGGGGACCGCCGACAACUGAAUGACAUGGAUUGGCAUGACGAAAAUGAAGAUAAAUUUUGUGACUUCGAAGAUGAAGGAUCUGCAGAUAUGCAUUAUGUCGACUUAUCCAGAAAUCCUGAACGGUACACGGGUUACAAAGGUGAUAGCGCACAGAAAGUGUGGACUUGUAUUUAUCAAGAGAAUUGUUUCAAACCAAAUAUGAAAUUUGACAAAAAUUUUCUUAUUCAUCCUAAUUCCUUUGGAUUAUGCUUUGAAAAACGCGUUUUCUAUCGUCUAAUUUCGGGUCUACAUUCUGCGAUUACUAUAUCAAUCGCCUCUAACAGUUUUAAAUCAAGUAAAGUUUUUAUAAGCUGUAAAACAGCAAUACCUUUGACUUACAUUGAUUUCAUUUACAAGCGUACAGUAACAAUGUUUAAUUUAAAUCCUAUUGGUUUUGGAGAUGGAACUUGGUUCAGAAAUACGGAACUUUUCAAAAAUCGUUUUGGAACAAAGUGGACACCUGAAGGACCGCAGAGGCUGAAAAAUAUUUAUUUUGUCUAUCUUCUUGAACUGAGAGCGCUCGUAAAAGCAGCACCUUAUUUUCGCAAGGAAUUAUUUUACACUGGGAAUCCAAAGGAUGAUGCAGAAACACGCAAAACAGUAGAAGAAUUAAUGAAUACUUUGAAAAAAUUUAAUGACCCUUUUGACGAGACUGAAAUGUUCACAGGUGUUGAAGCAACGGCUCGAGAACUGCGUGAAGAAUUUCGUCAACAUUUUUUCAACAUUUCACGAAUAAUGGAUUGUGUUAGCUGUGAUAAAUGUCGUUUGUGGGGAAAGUUACAGACACAUGGGAUGGGCACAGCACUUAAGAUUUUAUUUUCAGAUUUACCAACUUCUCAUUAUAAAACUCAAGAUGGCACUGUCUAUCCACCUUUCCAAUUAACAAGGAAUGAAGUUGUUUCGCUGUUUCAAAGUUUCGGCAGGUAUGCAUCAAGUAUCAGGGAAAUUGAUGAAUUCCGUCGUGCAUUGACCUAG